GAAUUGUUCGACCACAGCAAUUUGACGCGAUAUCAAAAUGAAAGUUACAUUCUUAUUGUGUGCCACCUUUGUAUUGGCUUUCCAAUAUGCCAAAGCCGAUCCAGUUGGUGAAUGCCCCGACGACAUGAACCCGGCUAAAGUUGAUUUCUUGGUAGAUGAUAAAGAUUGCACCGUCUUUUACAAAUGCGAUUGGGGAAAACCCGUCAAAUUCGAUUGCCCAUCUGAUUUACAUUUCAACAAAGAAUUGGAAGUCUGUGAUUGGCCAGAUAAAGCUGGAUGCAACGGUGAUGGUGGAGAUGAUGGUGGAAGCAGCAGUAGCAGUAGCAGCAGCGAAAGCGACGAAAAUGUAGUUGAUGGAGGUGAUGAUGAAGAAGUUGAGGGAGGAGAUGACAAUGUUGAAGAAGAUUCCGGUAGCUCCAGCUCUAGUUCUAGCUCCGAAAGUGACGAAAGUAACGAUGGAAACGGUCAAGGCAGAUGCCCAAAUGAUCCAUGCCCAAAAGAAAAUGGUGAUUUCCCUCACUACUUUGCCCACCCAGAAACCUGUGGUAGAUUCUGUCAAUGCGACUGGGGAGUUGCCUAUGAUAUGCCAUGCCCAGAUGGACUUCAUUUCAACACCGAACUUAAUGUUUGCGAUUGGCCAGCUGAUGCAGAUAUUUCCGAGCGGGUGAAUGUCGAACCUGAAGUGCUAAAAUGCAGACGUGACGACAGCGGGGGUAGAACCUUCCUCAAUUAUUAUUCGAAUUGUUCGAUUACAGCAAUUUGGUUAAGCAUCAAAAUGAAAGUUACAUUCUUGUUAUGUGCCAUCUUUGUAUUGGCUUUCCAAUAUGCCAAAGCCGACCCAGUUGGUGAAUGCCCUGACGAAAUGAACCCGGAAAAAGUUGAUUUCUUGGUAGAUGAUAAAGAUUGCACCGUCUUCUACAAAUGCGAUUGGGGAAAACCCGUCAAAUUCGAUUGCCCAUCUGAUUUACAUUUCAACAAAGAAUUGGAAGUCUGUGAUUGGCCCGAUAAAGCUGGAUGCAACGGUGAUGGUGGGGAUGAUGGUGGAAGUAGCAGCAGCAGUAGCAGCAGUGAAAGCGAUGAAGGGGACGAUGAAGAAGUAGUUGAAGGAGGAGAUGACAAUGUUGAAGAAGAUUCCGGUAGCUCCAGCUCUAGUUCUAGCUCCGAAAGUGACGAAAGUGGCGAUGGAAACGGUCAAGGCAGAUGCCCAAAUGAUCCAUGCCCAAAAGAAAAUGGUGAUUUCCCUCAUUACUUUGCUCACCCUGAAACCUGUGGAAGAUUCUGCCAAUGCGACUGGGGAGUUGCCUAUGAUAUGCCAUGCCCAGAUGGACUUCAUUUCAACACCAAACUUAAUGUUUGCGAUUGGCCAGCUGAUGCAGGAUGUAGUACCUUCCUCAAUUAUUAUUCGAAUUAUUCGAUUACAGCAAUUUGGUUAAACAUCAAAAUGAAAGUUACAUUCUUGUUAUGUGCCACCUUUGUAUUGGCUUUCCAAUAUGCCAAGGCCGACCCAGUUGGUGAAUGCCCCGACGACAUGAACCCGGAAAAAGUUGAUUUCUUGGUAGAUGAUAAUGAUUGCACCGUCUUUUACAAAUGCGAUUGGGGAAAACCUGUCAAAUUCGAUUGCCCAUCUGAUUUACAUUUCAACAAAGAAUUGGAAGUCUGUGAUUGGCCCGAUAAAGCUGGAUGCAACGGUGAUGGUGGAGAUGACGGUGGAAGUAGCAGCAGCAGUAGCAGUAGCGAAAGCGAUGAAGGGGAUGACGAUGAAGAAGUAGUUGAAGGAGGAGAUGACAAUGUUGAAGAAGAUUCCGGUAGCUCCAGCUCUAGUUCUAGCUCCGAAAGUGACGAAAGUGGCGAUGGAAACAGUCAAGGCAGAUGCCCAAAUGAUCCAUGCCCAAAAGAAAAUGGUGAUUUCCCUCAUUACUUUGCCCACCCUGAAACCUGUGGUAGAUUCUGCCAAUGCGAUUGGGGAGUUGCUUAUGAUAUGCCAUGCCCAGAUGGACUUCAUUUCAAUACCAAACUUAAUGUUUGCGAUUGGCCAGCCGAUGCAGGAUUUAUCUCCGAUUUUUUUGCGGUUAACAUUGCUAUAAAAUCAAAUAGUACCUUCCUCAAUUAUUAUUCGAAUUGUUCGAUUACAGCAAUUUGGUUAAGCAUCAAAAUGAAAGUUACAUUCUUGUUAUGUGCCACCUUUGUAUUGGCUUUCCAAUAUGCCAAAGCCGACCCAGUUGGUGAAUGCCCUGACACAAUGAACCCGGAAAAAGUUGAUUUCUUGGUAGAUGAUAACGAUUGCACCGUCUUUUACAAAUGCGAUUGGGGAAAACCCGUCAAAUUCGAUUGCCCAUCUGAUUUACAUUUCAACAAAGAAUUGGAAGUCUGUGAUUGGCCCGAUAAAGCUGGAUGCAACGGUGAUGGUGGAGAUGACGGUGGAAGUAGCAGCAGCAGUAGCAGUAGCGAAAGCGAUGAAGGGGAUGACGAUGAAGAAGUAGUUGAAGGAGGAGAUGACAAUGUUGAAGAAGAUUCCGGUAGCUCCAGCUCUAGUUCUAGCUCCGAAAGUGACGAAAGUGGCGAUGGAAACGGUCAAGGCAAAUGCCCAAAUGAUCCAUGCCCAAAAGAAAAUGGUGAUUUCCCUCAUUACUUUGCCCACCCUGAAAUCUGUGGUAGAUUCUGCCAAUGCGAUUGGGGAGUUGCCUAUGAUAUGCCAUGCCCAGAUGGACUUCAUUUCAACACCAAACUUAAUGUUUGCGAUUGGCCAGCUGAUGCAGGAUGCGAAUAAUUUAUUUUAUUUAUAAAGAAGUUAUGUUAUUUAACGAAAUAUAAAUAAAACAUGAUGAUGUAUUAAUAA